CGAAACGAAAGUCCUGUCCUUUUUUCGGAUAGCGGUCUGAACCGGCGAUUAUAUCGCUUAUAAUUUUUUCUCUCUCAGUUUCGGUUUGCGGCAGUUUUGAAGAUCUUUGGAAAAUGUACGACCGCCUGGAUCCUCGCGUAGAGCGAAGUCGGUUAUCUGAACACAUAAUGGGCAGCAACGCUGUGUGAGCGCCAGCGUUUCCCCUCCGUUUACUGCCGGUUUGUGUUGGACUAAGCUUUUUCGCCUUUUUGCUUAAACCCUCUGGAGCAAAUCUCAACGGAUACGCUGGUUUGGGAGUUUAUUUAUUGAGUUAAAUGUGGACGAGACCAACAAGCAGAGGUUUUGAGGACUAAAGUUACUGGCAAAAGAAACACGUCGGUGGGUUUACCGAGGUAUACUAUAUUUUUACCUUUACAUUAAGAUGGAGACACACGUCUCAUGUCUCUUUCCAGAGAUUUUAGCCAUGAUUUUCAGUUACUUAGACGUGAGGGACAAAGGCCGGGUAGCCCAAGUGUGCACAGCGUGGAGGGACGCGUCCUACCACAAGUCCGUGUGGAGGGGGGUGGAAGCCAAGCUGCAUCUGAGAAGGGCCAACCCUUCACUAUUCCCCAGCCUCCAGGCCAGGGGCAUCCGACGGGUACAGAUCCUAAGCCUAAGGCGCAGCUUAAGCUACGUGAUCCAGGGCAUGCCCAACAUCGAGAGCCUAAACCUGAGUGGCUGCUACAACCUGACGGACAACGGCCUGGGGCAUGCUUUCGUCCAGGAGAUCUCCUCCUUGCGUGUGCUCAACCUGAGCCUGUGCAAGCAGAUCACGGACUCAAGCCUGGGCAGGAUAGCUCAGUACUUAAAGAACUUGGAGGUGCUUGAGCUUGGCGGCUGUAGCAACAUUACCAACACAGGCUUGCUGCUUAUUGCCUGGGGUCUGCACCGACUCAAGAGUCUCAACCUGCGCAGCUGCCGACAUGUGUCCGAUGUGGGCAUAGGUCACCUGGCUGGCAUGACCCGGAGCGCAGCGGAAGGCUGCCUCAGCCUAGAGUACCUCACUCUACAGGACUGUCAGAAGCUUACAGACUUGUCCCUGAAGCAUAUUUCAAAGGGCCUGGCCAGGCUCAAAAUCCUUAACUUAAGCUUCUGCGGUGGCAUCUCGGACGCCGGCAUGAUCCAUCUGUCCCAUAUGACCAGCCUCUGGAGUCUAAAUCUUCGCUCAUGUGACAACAUUAGUGACACUGGCAUCAUGCACCUUGCCAUGGGGACGCUGCGGCUUUCCGGGCUGGACGUCUCGUUCUGCGACAAAAUUGGAGACCAAAGCCUGGCUUAUGUGGCCCAGGGUCUUUAUCAGCUCAAGUCACUUUCACUGUGUUCAUGCCACAUAAGUGACGACGGCAUCAACCGAAUGGUGCGCCAGAUGCACGAACUACGGACUCUUAACAUUGGUCAAUGUGUGCGGAUUACAGACAAAGGCCUUGAGCUUAUAGCAGACCAUCUGACUCAGCUGACAGGAAUUGAUUUGUAUGGAUGUACAAAAAUCACUAAGAGGGGACUGGAGAGGAUAACACAGCUCCCUUGCCUUAAAGUUUUAAACCUGGGUCUUUGGCAGAUGACUGAGAGUGAAAAAGUGCGGUAAAACUUGGUGAGAUGUUCUGA